AUGUACAACCUGAGUAGCUACAACACAGGCCCCUUCACCCUUUCAGGCAUCCCUGGACUUGAGCAGUACCACGUCUGGAUCAGCAUCCCCUUCUGCUUUAUUUAUUUUGUGGCCAUCGUGUGCAAUAGUAUUCUUGUCUAUCUCAUUGUGGUGGAGCACAGUCUUCACACACCCAUGUUCUUUUUCCUUUCUAUGCUGGCCUUGACAGAUCUCAUAUUGUCUACCACGUGUGUUCCCAAAACCCUUAGCAUCUUCUGGUUUGGUCCACAGAAAAUCAGUUUUCCUGGCUGUCUCACCCAAUUAUUCUUUUUGCACUACACUUUUGUCCUAGACUCAGCUAUACUGCUGGCUAUGGCAUUUGACCGCUAUGUAGCCAUCUGCUCUCCUUUGAGAUACACCACUAUUCUAACCCCCAAAGCCAUUGUCAAAAUUGCUGUGGGAAUCUCUUUACGGAGUUUCUGUGUUUUUGUCCCAUGUGUUUUCCUGGUGAAUCGCCUACCUUUCUGUAAGACACACAUCAUUGCUCACACAUACUGUGAGCACAUAGGUGUUGCCCGGCUUGCCUGUGCAGACAUCUCCAUCAACAUCUGGUAUGGUUUUUCUGUCCCCAUCAUGACAGUGAUUAUAGACGUGAUCCUAAUUGCUGUCUCCUACACCCUCAUCCUCGGUGCUGUUUUUCGCCUUCCCUCCCGAGAUGCAUGCCAGAAGGCCCUUGGCACCUGUGGGUCCCAUAUCUGUGUCAUCCUCAUGUUCUAUAUUCCAGCAUUCUUCUCCAUCCUUGCCCAUCGCUUUGGACAUAAUGUCCCUCGUACCUUUCAUAUCAUGUUUGCCAACCUCUACGUGAUUAUUCCACCUGCACUCAACCCUAUUGUCUAUGGAGUAAAGACCAAGCAGAUCCGGGACAAAGUCAUUCUUCUGCUUUUUCCCAAGAGGUCCCAGUUAUAG